AUGAAGGCCUUCCGAUCAGUCUCUACUGCCAUUCUUCAACCCUCGAUCAGGAGCCCGACUUUCACAUGCAGAGCCGCUUACCUCGCCAAUGCUUCGAUACGCUCGACGAAUCAUGAGAGACAACGACGGACGUUCGUCUCGAAUCCUUUUACGCAAAAUCAGACCUUGACCGCGCACCGAACUCUCCGCUACCCAGCCAGCGUAAUCUAUGAGAUAGUAUCGGAUGUGGCCUCAUACAAGACGUUUCUACCGUACUGCCAGGAUUCCAUCGUCACCAAGUAUUCCGAGCCAGCUCCAGAUGGAAAGAAAUAUCCAGAAGAAGCCAAGCUAGUCGUGGGCUUCAAUGACAGCAUCAGCGAGGAGUUCACGAGCAGAGUCUAUUGCGUACCGGAGAGGAUAGUAGAAGCUGUGAGCGGAAAUCAAGUGAGCACGCUGGAGGGCAGUGAGGAGAUCGGACACCACAGUGCGAGGCCCCCGGUGGAUCAAGAUCCGAGCAGGAAAGAUACGGUCAUGGCGAGCUUGCUCACGAGGUGGACGCUGAGGCCGUACCCUUACAAGCCUCCUCCAGUGGCUGCCACGCAUCCCGACGGAGUCCACAAGAACCACGAGGAGACGAAUCCUAUCCCAGGGCAAGAGAAGACCGAGGUCAACUUGACGAUCGAGUUCCAAUUCUCGAACCCCUUGUAUGCCGCCGUUUCAUCGGCCGCGGCCGCGAAGGUCGCUGAAAUGAUGAUCGAAGCGUUCGAGAACCGAGUCAAGGCGGUACUGGAAGGUCCAGGUUCUGUGGCAGGAGUCAAGAAGAGCAUUGGAGGCAGUGAAGGCCUCUUCAAGGGCAAGAUGAAGUGA